AUGUCCACGUCGAACCUCAACUCCUCGCCACCCAGCCACAGCUACUUCUCGGCGGCCACCAACGGCCGGACGGAGGUGUCUGCGGAGGGACGUGUCCGUCUUUUGCUUUUCGCUGUGUGCGUAACCAUAGCCGCUGCCACCUUUGUCGGUGGCGUUUAUUCGCUCCUGUCCCUGCUGCAGAUGAGGAGGAAAACAUCCCUGAGUCUCAUCGUGGCUUCCAUGUCAGUGGACGACCUGCUCAGCGUAGUUCCGCUAUCCCUCUUCAUCCUCCUCCAGUGGGAGCGGGACGGAGGUUCCGCCACCUUGUGCACACUCGCCGGGCUCCUCUACGUUUUUCAGGGAGUUUCAAGCAACAUGAAAGCCUGCCUGAUCGCUGGCUACACUUUUUACGUGACCAAGAGGUUCGGGGUGCUGCGCUCGGUCCGACGACCCCUCCGUGUGAUGUGGGCCAUCGCCGGUGUGUGGGCGGUCAGCCUAGCUGUUAGCGUACUGCCCUUGUGCGGCUGGGGCAGCUUCGCACAGGCUCCCCUAGGCUGCUUCCCGGAGAGUGAAAGCUUUUACACCUUGCUGCUCUUCCUCUUGUAUUCGCUGUGCUUUUGCGGAUUGCUGUUCUUCUUCCUGCCGCUCACCUACCAGCUUCUGUGCUCCGGGGAGCCGCAGAGGAGCUUGCAGUGCGCGGGAUAUCUGGCCGACGUCCGAUCGCUCUCCCGGGACAGCCUGGACAAAAGUUUCGGCGUCUACAACGAACUGAGCCCGGGUUCGUGCGAGACGACGUGCGAGAUCAAGGAGGAGAAGGGGGCGUAUGUGGGGUCGCCGGCGUCGUACUGCGGACCACAGUCGGCGACUGUGGAGGACACGCCGGUGGUUUUUGCGCAAAAACGCUUCUCCAUGAUCCUGGCGGUUGUCAGGGUUACAUUGUGGAUGCCAACGAUGACUCUGAUGCUGGUGCGUCAUGCCGCCAAUGCACGAAGCUCGUCUCUUGAGACGCUUGGCUUCUUCCUCACGUUGCUGGCGCCUGCCAUCACGCCACUCUUUGUGCUGUCCAAGCGCUGGAUCCACAUGCCGUGCGGCUGUUUCAUUAAUUGCAAUCAUGACCCAACACCAGAUCCCUCAGCAAUGAAAAGAAGAUUUGAGUUCAACCUUUCCCUCCAGAAAAGUUGUGGUGUGUUCAAGCUGUCACAUGGUCCAAUAUCUCACAGCAACACGCAAGCUGAGAACCGAGCCUACCACAGCCUGUUCAACAGCGACUUCCCAACCAGUCGCCUGGAUAAGCUUGAGCACGGUGGGCUCUGCAGCCUGGGCCCAAAUUUUGCUGUCAGUGCUCGACUGCCGGUUGACAGCUCCUUUCAUUCAGACCUCUUGUUAGAAGAUGUUAGCAGUGGCGGAGAGGCACUGGCUGAUUGUCCUCCGCUUUCCCACGAGCACCAUGAAGGUCAAGAGGGCUUCCACGAUUCUCCCUCCUACCCUUUUAAUCCCCGGGAAAGGGAGCGCCAUCUCACUGACACCUCGUCUGUUUUCGAGAGCUCUGAGAGGAGACUGUCGCAUGAAGAUGGCCGAAAAAUUGAGCUAACAGAUUGGGAGUGGUGCAGGAGCAAAUCAGAGAGAACACCCAGACAGAGGUCAUCAGCUGGUCUGUCCAUCCCGCUGUGCGCCUUCCAGGGAACUGUGUCUCUGCAAGCCCCCACUGGGAAGACACUCUCUUUGUCCACCUAUGAGGUCAGCAGCGAUGGACUGAAAAUCUCCCCCAACAAUGCCAAAAAGGUGGAGGUGUAUCGUUCCAAAUCGGUGGGCCACGAGCCCAUGGCAGAUGACAAAGUGCCCGGAGGCCAGACAGGUGAAGUAAACAUAAGUGGCGUCAAUAUGGGACUGGAUAUCGGAAUGGGCAUCGGAGCCGGGGUUGGGGACACCAACGUAAAGAUCCACCUAGAGGUCCUGGAGAUCUGUGACAAUGAGGAGGCCAUGGACAGUGUCUCUAUUGUGUCCAAUAUCAGCCAGUCGUCCACCCACGCCCGCUCGCCGUCACUGCGUUACUCCCGUAGGGAAAAUCGCUUCGUUUCCUGCGACUUAGGCGAAACGGCCUCCUACUCCUUGCUUAUCCCCACCACUGGCAAUCCGGAGACUGAGGCAAUCAACAUCACAAUACCCGACACGGUCGAGGCUCAUCGGCAGAACAGUCGGAGACAGACACAGGGGAGUUCGGGAUAUCAGGAGGAAAUCCAGCUGCUCAACGAAGCCUACAGAAAACAAUCUGGAGACACGGAUGACUGA